GUGCUAAACGAAAGUAGAUCCGGGGAGUUGGCCAUCCGUCACAGGCAGUUGACAGAAAGUGCCCCAGUAAUCUAUUUGAAGAUUCCAACAAGAUAGAUGUCUACACGUACAGUUUCUGUGGCAUAUUACCCACAAAGGGAAGUGCCUUUAGUGGAAUUCACUAUCACCAAUAAUAGACUUAGAAAGAAGACACUGGAGGACAAGUUCCCAGGAGCAACUGGUCUGGAAUACUACCUAGAUGGAGUUCGGACAGCAGCUAGUGUAACAAAUGAUGAAUUUUGUUUGCCAGAGAAUGUAAAUCAGUUUGUGGUUAUCAACAGUGUUUAUACUUUGGAUGGGCAGCACAGUGAGUUCCAUCACUGUAGAAGUGAGAUCACCAAUGCUUUGACGCAGACACCACCCAGAAAAUUAGCUGUCUUCAUUGGUAAUACUAAUUUCCUUGGAGACCGACAUCCUCUUCAUGGUUCGAGAACAGAUGUUGAUGUAAUGUCAAUGAUGUUUUCAUCACCUCCUUUCAACUUUACAGUAUUGAAGUGCUUGGAUUUCAAAGUGGAACAAAUGAAAACAAUUAUCAGUAAUGCUGUAAAUCUAUGUACUGCCAACACGGAAGCAUUUCUUUGCUUUGUGUCGACACAUGGAUAUGUUUCACUAACUGAAAGUCACCAAAUGUUAAAAGGUGUUGAUAAUACAUAUGUACGUCUUCAAGAUCUGAUGGAACCAGUUUCCCCCAAAGUGAGGGGACCAAUCUCAGCAUCUACACCCAGAGUGUUUUUCAUCAAUGCUUGCAGAAUUCCUGGUGGUCAUGACGCUGACGAUGAACCAGAUGGAGGUGUAGAACUAAACGUUCAUCAUGAAUCCGCUGAGCAUGGUGGAGAAGAACGUGGAGCUGGAAACAGUGAGGGAGGUGGUAAGGGAGACCUUGAGGAUAGUGGACGAUCUAGAUUUAGAUCUGGUGGUCCUUUGCCACAGAAUACCACUAAUUACAGUAUGGACAGUCAUCAGUUGGCGCAGUACUGUCCACCCAACUGCCUUUUGGUAUAUGGAUGUCCAGUUGGACAAGGAAUUACAGAUUGUGUACCUUUUGUAACCGAGAGAAUCAGCUGGCUUGUACACAGCUUAAGAGAGGUCAGGAAGACAAAACCAGAGGAACCAGUUGAUUUGCUGAAUUUGCUGACAGAGGCGAAUGCCUACUGUUGUCGUGAGUUAGAAUCAUUAGGGAGGAAGUACAUAUUUGUGUUAGAGCACAGACUGACCUCAGAGAAAGGACUUGUGUUUUCCUAUUAAAUUCCCUCACAUGCAGAAUGGCUGUAGGCUGAAAUGGAAGAAAACUGCCAGCUAAGCACCCUUAACUAUAGAUAGCUCAUGUAGAGGCUAUUGAGAGAAUGGCGUGGAUUUAUUGAACAUGAGGCAACAUGUAACAUAAUGGUUUUGGUGAAAAUAGGUACUCUGUUCUGGUCAAGAUUCAUUCAUUAAACCAUCACUGAGAUAAAAAAAAAAUACAUCUGGUUUAUAGUGCAGAUAUCAG